ACAUAAUGUAUCAAAUACACUCAUCAUUUAGCUUAACCUAUGCAGUAUAUUAAUCACUUAUUAUUUAUUUUCCAUAAAGAUAACAAUAAAGACUCAGCUCUCAUCAUGAUUGGUCAAUCAGAGACAUUAUUCCAGUUUUUCCAACACGUUCCAGACAUAUUCUUGUUUGAUGAAUUUCCAAAAUUUGGAAAGGGAAAGUCAAACAUAUGAGAGGACUAUUCUUCCAGCUCCAGUUCACAUAUUUUUUUUAUCACCACCUGCAGUUUGAGAAAUGAAAAGUGUGAAAAAAAACUUAGCAGCGUCUGAUUUGGUGAUAAGUGGAGCCUCAGCAGGAAAUGAGGCUUCAUUUCUCGCUGUGUGUUUGAAGUCUGUCAAGAGAUGUAUUCUAAAGACACUUCUUCAGCUGAGAAUCAGAGAAUAGAAACACACACGCUGCAGUUUUUACUUGCAAGGGGAGUCACAGAGCGCUCACACCCGAGAGUGAGGCUCAAGGACUCGCACUCUGUUUCUGCUCUGGUCUUUAUUUAUAUACAAGGGUCAUACAACAGUAAGUGCGUUUGUUCAUGACAGUGGAAUGUGGAUGAUGUGUAUGUAUGUGUGUGUGGGUGUGUGAGCGGGGAACGGCUCCUCUUCCCGGUAGGGAGUGAAACUACUUGUUCAGCUCUUAUUUAUCGCUGGAAGGAACUGCUCCUUCCCUGCAUGAUAACAGAACACAGAACAAGUCUUGUAACAAACAACAGUCCGAGUCAUCAAAAAGUCACCAUGCAGUAUUCUAUCAUCGCAGGCUUAUAUCAUUCAAAGUUUAUACUGACUACUAAGUACAAUUUUCCAUUGACAAAGUCUUGUACAUUUAAAAUAUUUUUUGCUCUAAAAAUCCAACCACAGUUUGUAAAUAUGUUCAUGUUUCCUCCUCCAGAUGCUCCAGAGCUUCCCUCUGUGUCAGUGAGUCCCUCUGCUGAGAUAGUGGAGGGCAGUUCAGUGACUCUGACCUGUAGCAGUGAUGCUAACCCAGCAGCUAAUUACACCUGGUACAAGGAGGAUGAAGACUCCUCUAGAACAUCAGGACACAACUUCACCAUCAGCAACAUCAGACCUGAGCACAGUGGGAGUUAUUACUGUGUGGCCCACAACAAUAGAGGGACUCAUAACUCCACCUUACAGCUGACUGUUGUAGCAGGAGCAGGAACAUUAGAAGCUGCUGGAGUAACUGCUGCUGUUCUCCUGCCUGUCAUAUUCUUCUCUGUCUUCCUGUGGAUUCAAAAAAAGAGGAUGUCCAAGGAACCUGUUAAAUCUGAAGACAGAGCCAACAACAGAGAACAGUGUUUACCUGACCAGAGACAGCCAGAGGAGCAGGAUGAUCUUCAGUACACCAGCAUCCACUUCUCCAAUAACCAGGCAGAUCCUCUCUACUCCAACAUCAGAGCAGCUCAGCCUCACAGACAAAUGCAGGAACAGGAAGUUACUGAGUACACUGCUGUUAGAUUUAACAGAGGCAGUGCAGCCAAGAGAGACAGAAGUCAGGAAACAGGAGAGUCUCCAUGUGCACUGUUCUCCACAGUCAACAAAACCAGAUGAAGGGACGGGUUGAUGAUGAUGUGAUAUUUAC